AUGUUAAGAGCUUGUGUACUAGGUCUUGGUGGUAGCUGGGAAUCACACUUGCCUUUAGUAGAAUUUGCCUAUAACAAUAGCUUUCAAGCAACUAUAGGCAUGGCACCUUACGAGGCCGUGGAAAAGAUUCGAGACAGAAUUAAGGUUGCUCAAGACAGACAGAAAAGCUAUGACGAUAGAAGAAGAAAAGAUCUCAAGUUCCAAGUUCGUCACAAGAUAUUUCUAAAAGUAGCUCCAAUGAAGGGAGUACUUAGAUUUGGAAAGAAAGGAAAAUUAAGACCAAGAUUCAUUGGACCAUUCGAUGUGUUAGAAAGAAUCGGAGAUGUGGCAUAUAGACUGGAUCCUAAUCAUGUGAUCAACCAUCAAAAUUUAGAUGUACAACAUGAUUUGACCUAUGAAGAAAUGCCAUUGAGGAUACUAGAAAGAAAGGUUCAUGUACUGAGAAAUAGGGAUAUUUCCUUAAUCAAGGUCCUAUGGCGUAACCAUGGAGUGGAAGAAGCAACUUGGGAAAAGGAAGAUGAGAUGAAAAUCAA